AUGGCCCUGCGGUGGGAUCCCCAAAGACUCACAAGUGGGCAGACACAGGACGGCUAUGAGGACAGCACCCAGGCAAGCAUCUUCACCUAUACCAACAGCAACAGCACCAGAGGACCCUUCGAAGGCCCCAAUUACCACAUCGCUCCUAGAUGGGUCUACCAUCUCACCAGCACCUGGAUGAUUAUCGUGGUUAUUGCAUCUGUCUUCACUAACGGGCUUGUGCUGGCAGCUACCAUGAGGUUCAAGAAGCUGCGCCAUCCUCUGAACUGGAUCCUGGUGAACUUGGCAGUUGCUGACCUAGCGGAGACCAUCAUUGCCAGCACUAUCAGUGUUGUGAACCAGAUCUAUGGCUACUUUGUGCUGGGUCACCCCCUGUGUGUUGUGGAAGGCUUCACGGUCUCCCUGUGUGGGAUCACAGGCCUCUGGUCCCUGGCAAUCAUUUCCUGGGAGAGGUGGCUGGUGGUUUGCAAGCCCUUUGGCAAUAUGAGAUUUGAUGCUAAGCUGGCCAUCGCAGGCAUCGCCUUCUCCUGGAUUUGGGCCGCGGUGUGGACAGCCCCACCUAUCUUUGGUUGGAGCAGGUACUGGCCUUAUGGCUUGAAGACAUCGUGUGGCCCCGACGUGUUCAGCGGUACCUCCUACCCUGGAGUCCAGUCCUAUAUGAUGGUCCUCAUGGUCACCUGCUGCAUCAUUCCACUCAGCAUCAUCAUGCUCUGCUACCUUCAAGUGUGGCUGGCCAUCCGAGCUGUGGCAAAGCAGCAGAAAGAAUCUGAGUCCACCCAGAAGGCCGAGAAGGAAGUGACGCGCAUGGUGGCUGUGAUGGUUCUGGCGUACUGCCUUUGUUGGGGGCCUUACGCCUUCUUUGCAUGCUUUGCCACCGCUCACCCCGGCUAUGCCUUCCACCCUCUGGUGGCUGCCCUGCCGUCCUACUUUGCCAAAAGUGCCACCAUCUACAACCCGAUCAUCUACGUCUUUAUGAACCGGCAGUUUCGAAACUGUAUCUUACAGCUUUUGGGGAAGAAAGUUGAUGAUGGCUCUGAACUUUCCAGCACCUCCAGAACAGAAGCUUCAUCUGUCUCUUCAGUGUCACCUGCAUGA